GUACCCGCGGUGUUGGCGGGCAGGAGCGGCGCGCACCCGCGGUGUUGGCGGGCACGAGCGGCGCGCACCCGCGGUGUUGGCGGGCAGGAGCAAAGAGCGGCGGCGAAGAUGCCUCGGGAAAUCAUCACCAUGCAGCUCGGCCAGUGCGGCAACCAGAUUGGUUUUGAAUUCUGGAAACAGCUUUGUGCAGAACAUGGUAUCAGCCCUGAAGGAAUUGUUGAAGAAUUUGCCACCGAGGGAACCGACAGGAAGGAUGUUUUCUUCUACCAGGCGGAUGAUGAGCAUUAUAUACCAAGAGCUGUGCUGUUGGAUUUGGAGCCUCGCGUGAUUCAUUCUAUCCUGAAUUCCCCUUAUGCCAAUUUGUACAAUCCAGAGAACAUCUAUCUGUCGGAGCAUGGUGGAGGUGCAGGUAAUAACUGGGCCAGUGGCUACUCACAGGGUGAAAAAAUCCACGAGGAUAUUUUUGAUAUAAUUGAUCGGGAGGCUGAUGGAAGUGACAGUUUGGAGGGUUUUGUUCUAUGUCAUUCAAUUGCUGGUGGGACAGGUUCUGGUUUGGGUUCCUACCUCUUGGAGAAGUUAAAUGACAGGUACCCAAAGAAGUUGGUUCAGACUUACUCUGUGUUCCCUAAUCAAGAUGAGAUGAGUGAUGUUGUCGUGCAGCCUUAUAAUUCGCUGUUAACACUGAAGAGACUAACUCAAAAUGCAGACUGUGUGGUUGUUCUUGAUAACACAGCACUAAACCGGAUUGCAACAGACAGGCUUCAUAUUCAGAACCCUUCCUUUUCUCAGAUCAACCAGUUGGUGUCCACAAUCAUGUCUGCAAGUACCACCACACUCCGGUACCCAGGCUAUAUGAAUAAUGAUCUAAUCGGACUGAUUGCUUCCCUUAUACCCACUCCAAGGCUUCAUUUUCUCAUGACUGGCUAUACUCCGCUUACGACAGAUCAAUCAGUGGCAAGUAUACGUAAAACUACAGUCCUGGAUGUGAUGCGAAGACUGUUGCAACCAAAGAAUGUGAUGGUGUCCACUGGCAGAGACAGGCAAACUAACCACUGUUACAUUGCCAUCCUCAACAUUAUCCAAGGAGAAGUGGACCCUACUCAGGUCCAUAAAAGUCUGCAAAGAAUACGAGAGCGUAAAUUGGCCAACUUCAUACCGUGGGGCCCAGCCAGUAUUCAGGUGGCAUUGUCACGGAAGUCUCCAUACCUGCCAUCAGCUCACCGUGUCAGUGGGCUUAUGAUGGCCAAUCAUACCAGCAUCUCCUCAUUGUUUGAAAGAACCAGCAGACAGUAUGAUAAACUGAGAAAAAGAGAAGCAUUCUUAGAACAAUUUCGCAAAGAGGACAUAUUUAAGGAGAGUUUUGAUGAACUGGAUAAUUCCCGGGAGAUUGUUCAGCAGUUAAUUGAUGAAUAUCACGCAGCAACUCGCCCCGACUACAUUUCCUGGGGUACACAGCAGCAGUGACCCAGACUGCUGCUUGCUGAGGGUUUACCGCUGCACAUUACAUCAUUAUAUGCUGAUAAGUCGACUCUAUUAACAUUUCUGUUUAUCCUUUGUGAAGUGACUAACUGGAAUAUGGUGAAUAUGCAAGAUAGCCAGGCUUAGACCUGCAGGCUCCUGUGCGAAAUGAACAUCUUUGCUGAAUAUCUCCGCCCUGUUCCUUCCCUAGACAUGUUUUAAGGAAGAUUCCAGGUGACAACUAGUGAUGGAAACAUUGAUCAGAAGGUUUAGUUGUAUGACUGUUCGUUCAGGUCAGUGAUUCACCAACAUAACUGCACAUUUGAUUGUCAUGUUGGUGUGAGCCUGGAGUCGCCCCAGUGAGUUAGUAUACAGUGUGCAGUCAAACCCUUGUGGUAACAGGUCAUUGACUAUUCCCACAGUUCGGGAAAUACUUCCACUCACAACUGUUUAUUGUAAAAUGAAGCAUUUUUGGUAAAAGUCUUUCCCCUUAGACUUUUAAUCCACAAUUGGAUAGUUUAAUUUGUAAAUGUACCAUUUAUUUUAAUAUGGGAUUAGUUUUAUAAAUGUUGUGCAGUAGUAGUAUCUGGUCUUGUACUGGUGGGUGAGCAAGGCAUCCAUUGACUGCUAUUGUAACUAUUUGCCUGCUUGAUCACUCGAUCAGUAGAUGUUGCUUCUCCUGCCAUGUCCAACACCUGUCUGCUCACUUAACCAAGCACUCAGAUUAGUAAAUUCUUCAGGAAAUUACAAUUCUGCUCAUUUAGGCUAACAUUGGCUAGUGUUUUACUUUGGUCACCAUUUUUUGGGUUUCCGGGUAGUGCUAAAAUGUCUUCAUCACGACACCUACUAAUGAAGGCAAUUUUAAAGAUGAUUGGAAAAAAGUUUCAGAAAUGUUUAGCUUGUGCUUUCAGUAUUGUGUAGUAGCUGGGGACGUGAUCUGAAGGUUGUAGAAUGCACCAUUAACAGACCUGUUUAACAGUUGCUAAUAAAAUAGUUUUUUUAUUGAACGG